UACAGUUAACGUGAGUCAACGUGAUUAGCCUAGCCUCACCAUGGCUGCGCCCCGUGUGCCCUCUAUCUCCUCUGAAGUUUCGGCGGCCAUCCAAAGGGCUUUGAGACCAGGCGCCAGUCCCUUUGCCCGUCUUGGGCUUCCAGACGCGCUUUGCGAGACCUCAGUGCUGAGAAGGGCAUAUCGCACGGCAGCAUUGUUGAUACACCCUGACAAAUGUGCCCAUCCUGAAGCCAAAAUGGCCUUCCAGAAGCUCUCAGAAGCAUUUGAUGUCUUAAGUGGGCCCGAAGGACAGCAGCAACAAUUAGAUGGGCCCAAAGGGGGCUAUCCAGGGCGCCCAUAUGAACGCGGAGGCCGCUAUGACAGGCCUGCACCACCUGGAUGUUGGGGAGAGUGUGAGGAAGAUGUCGAUGGACAGGGGCAAAGAGGCGGGAAGUCUUGGUGGGACGCAGGCUUCUCAGACUUCGAGAAGCGCUUGAGGGCUCGAGAAGCUGACCAGUUGCGUAAGGAGGCCAUGGAGUCUGCCUUGCAGCGCGGAGAAGAUUCCUUAGAUGCCUUCAUGUCUGUCUUGGAGGCUGAGCUCGACCCCAAAGCGGAAGAAAGGAACGAAGGAAGAGACCGAAGGGAUGAAGCACGGGCCUCAAGGGGCACCAAGCGACCUUCUGCUGCCUCCGGAAUACCAAAGCCAGGCACCCGUCAGAAUGUGCCAUCCUUCUCCAUGGGAAGAAAGCCUUUCCGUGGACCUGCCAUGCCAGCAUCGGUGAGCUCGUCGUGUAGUUCUGCCUCAACUUCAAUGGCAGAUGUCUUGCUGAGCCAUCUUGACUCCGAUGGCUCCGAGCUUUCUGAUUGAUGAAACUGCAGAGUGAA